CUCGGUGACCCACGGGCGCGGCCGGAGAAGGUGGGGCCGGUGGGGGGGAGGGGAGGGCGGGCCUCCACCUUCCCCGGCCCUGCCCCAGCCUCUCGCGAGCUCCGCGGGUCCCGGCCCAGAUGUGGAAGACUGAGGACUGUUGAAAGUACAGAGUUCAGCCCCUGCACCCUCUGCCCCCAAGAGCUCCAUGCAGGUGCCACAGGAUGGAGAGGACUUUGCCAGCCAGCCGUGGUACCACGGCCCCCUAUCCCGUCAGAAGGCUGAGGCCCUCCUGCAGCAAGAUGGGGACUUCCUGGUUCGUGCCUCCAGAUCCCGUGGGGGCCACCCAGUGAUCUCCUGCCGCUGGCAGGGCUCAGCCUUACACUUCGAGGUGCUCCGUGUGGCCCUCCGUCCCCGUCCAGGCCGGCCCACAGCCCUCUUUCAGCUGGAAGAUGAACGUUUCCCAAGCCUGCCCUCCCUAGUUCUCAGCUAUGUGACUGGGCAGCGUCCACUGUCCCAAGCCACAGGGGCUGUGGCCUCCAGGCCCGUGAUACGACAAGGACCUAUUCGACGCAGCUUUAGUGAGGAUACCCUCCUAGAGAGCCCAGCUCGGAUAGAGCUGCCCAGGGCUAGGAAGCGGAGUGACAGUCAGCCCGCAGGUUUGGAGCACAUGGGGCUGUCAGGAGAAGACCACUCAGGACCAGGAGCCUCACCUGUGCCCACAUGUGCCCUCCCUCGGAUGGGUAGUGACCCGGUGUUGCUGAAGACGCCAGCUUCUCUGGGGUCUGUUGUUGAUGGCCUCAGGGCCUCCGAUGGGCAGCUUCAUGCCAAGGCACCAAACAAACCACCUCGAACACCCUCACUGGUGCUGCAUGAUGCAUCUGGACGCCCCCCAACAUACUGUGAGCUGGUACCCCGAGUGCCCAGUGCCCAAGAAACACCCACUGGCCACAGUGGCCCAGAGACAGAGGCCUCAUGGUGGGAAGCCAAUGAGGAAGAGGAGGAAGAGGACAGAAGCUUUGCAAGACCAAAGGCCGAGGUCUUUUUCUGCCCCCCUAACAACCUCUUCUGCCUGCUGGGCCCCCAGAAUCGGCCCCUGGAACCUAAAGUCCUGAGUACUCUCCGUGACCUCUUCCUGGAGCACCAUCCUGGGAGCACAGCCCUCCACCUAUUAUUGGUGGACUGCCAGGCUACAGGCCUCCUAGGAGUGACCAAGGCUCAGCGGGGCGCCAUGGGGGUCACCUCUGGCCUGGAGCUGCUCACACUUCCUCAUGGGCAUCGCUUGAGGUUGGAGCUUCUGGAGAGACACGAGGCGCUGGCGCUGGCCGGGGCGCUGGCCGUGCUGGGCUGCUCGGGGCCGCUGGAGGAGCGCGCGGCCACCCUGCGGGGCCUGGUGGAGCUGGCGCUGGCGCUGCGGCCAGGGGCGGCAGGGGACCUGCCUGGACUGGCUGCGGUCAUGGGCGCCCUGCUCAUGCCCCAGGUGUCCCGGCUGGAACGCACGUGGCGCCAGCUCAGGAGGAGCCACACACAGGCCGCGCUGGCCUUCGAGCAGGAGCUGAAGCCGCUGAUGCGGGCGCUGGACGAGGGCGCUGGACCCUGCGCCCCGGGCGAGGUGGCGCUGCCGCAUGUCGUGCCCGCGGUGCGCCUGCUGGAAGGCCAGGAACUCCCGGGGCCGCUAGACGAGAGCUGCGAGCGGCUGCUGCGCACCCUGCACCGGGCGCGUCUGGUGGCCCGGGACGCGCCCCAGUUCCGUGAGGCAGCGGCCCGGCGCCUGCGAGGAUUCCAGCCGAACCCGCAGCUGAGGGAGGCCCUGACCACAGGCUUCGUACAGAGGCUCCUCUGGGGAAGCCAAGGCGUGGGGGCGCCACAUGCCACCCGUCUGGAGAAGUUCCAAAGAGUCCUCAGUGCCCUUUCGCAGCGCCUGGAGCCAGACGUUUGAAAGCACACCCCCUUCUUCAAGCUGGGACACCCAGACUUUGGGGAACCUCCGGGGCCACCAGACCUUGCCCCAAGCCGUUCAUGUAGCCAAAGCAGUGGGAACCCAUUCUGCCUCACAGAAGGGAGUGCAGAUUUACAAAAACCCAUACAGCUCCCCCAAAAUGUACAUGGAUCCUAGGGUGUCUGGAGGCCCCAUCCCACCUCCCACCCCCACACACAUAACCCACAAAUGCAGAACAUGAGGCUUUCAAGGGUAGGAGAACCUGCACAUCCCUUACUCAGAAGCCAGAGUUCAAAUGCUUUUUAAGAGCUCUGUGACUUCCAGCCAAUGGCUCAGCCUCUCUGUGCCUUCGACAUAAAAACCCACCAGGUUUUAUGAGCAAAGCUGUUGUACUUUGUACCGGUUGUCAUGGGGGCUUAAAGUUCAGUGUUCAAAUGUCAGGUGGAGAAUGCCUAGCACACAGGUGCUCAACACUACCUUUUCUCAGUAAAGCUGCAGUAAACACAGAAA